UAUCCCAUUCAUUCUUUCCCGUUUCACAUAUUAUCACCUCCACGUGCUGAACCUUCUGUUGUACAACAUACAAACACGAGAAAGGAUACACGAAUAGCAUCGUCGCAUCGUGUUCAAUCAACCAUUAUAAUCGGCUGCAAAUUGCCAUCCAACGAGCGCAACCCCACCGACCAGAUACUUGUUGAUAGCGCACCGAACCAGUCGAGUCUUUACGAUACUGCUCCUGCUCACGCUGUGUGAUUCAGCUGGAUCAAGCUGUUUGAGAGUGAUUAAUUUGAAUGAAAGGCUUCAGUUAAACUAGCCUGUUUAAGGAAAAAGUGCAGUUUGAGUAGUUUUUUAGACGGUAGUUGGAAAAGUUGUGAAGAUUUCAAGUUUCUAGCGUAGAUAUCGUGAAUCACUUGCUACAAUAUGUUUCCAUUUAUGUGUGAAGAUAGAAGACAGAGCCGUGCCUUCAUAGCUUUCAUCAUCUACAUUUCACUGUUUCUGGACAACAUGCUGUUGACGGUUAUUGUACCGAUUCUCCCGGACUACCUGGUUCACUUCUACUCCAGCGCCAACUUUUCGAUUCCAAGCAGUGUUAUUUACAAGAACUUCGACCUGCACUACGUACCAAAGCUAAUCGGUGGCAGCUCCGGCCAUGUGCCGUUUACCAACGUUAAGACUGAGCGCUCGGUAUCGCUCGAGUCCGAAAAUGGUUCCAUCGGGAUACUGCUGGGCGUGAAGGCGCUGGUCCAGUUGAUCUGCAACCCAAUCGUGGGCAAUUUGUCACUACGGAUUGGGUACAGCUUGCCGAUUCUGUUCGGAACGCUGAAUCUGCUCGUGGCGUCCGCCAUCUUUGCUUUCGGCCAGUCGUACGCGUCGCUGUUUGUAGCGCGAGCAGUUCACGGAGUAGGCUCUGCUUGCAUUUCCGUUUGCGGCAUGAGCCUUGUUGCCCAGCUGUACGUCGAGCCGGACAAGCGCUCCAAGAUCAUGGGAACCAUCUUGGGCAGCAUCGCAGUAGGCGUGCUGAUCGGAUAUCCAUUCGGUGGGAUAACUUACGAUCUGUUGGGGAAAGCGGCGCCGUUCCACAUUUUGACAGUUUUGUGCUUGUUUACGCUGACCAUGCAGUUGGCAACACUGGAUCUUACCGUGCGUCACCAUUCGUCGUCGAUCGUCGUGGAAGAUGGUGGCUCGCGAUGGUGGCCUUUGUUGACAAACAGGUUGAUCUUGAUCAUAGUAGGCGCCAUAUGGAUCUCAACCUCUGCAAUGUCUAUCUUGGAGCCUUGCCUCCCACUCUGGAUGAUGAGCAUGCUGCACCCGAAAAAGUGGCAACUGGGUACGGUCUUCAUCCCAGACUCCAUCGGGUACUGGGUUGGAACGAACUUUUUCGGUGGAAUCGCCUACAGGUUCGGCCAAAUGAAAGUAGCCAUCCUAGCACUAACACUUGUUGGCGUCUCCUGCAUCCUGAUCCCAUCGGCUACUGCAGUGUUCGAACUUCUACUCCCACAUUUCGGACUAGGACUUGGAAUCGGCGUGCUGGACGCCGCCCUUGUCCCCCUCCUAGCAACACUGGUCGACAGUCAGAGCGGAAGCGACACCGAAAGUGACAGCUGUGAGUCCUCUCCAAACUACGGCGCCGUUUACGCCGUCCAGCAGAUCGCAGUAAGCCUGGCGUACUCGGCAGCACCCAUCCUAGGAGGCGAGCUGGUCCCACUCAUCGGCUUCCCCUGGCUAAUGCGAACCAUCGGGAUCCUGAACCUUGCCUACGGACCCCUGCUGAUCUACUCGGGAAUGCGCGAAUCAGUCCGGAUCGUACUGCAGAAGCGUUCCGAGCUGCCGCUAACCACAGCCCUGGAACCGGCCGCGGACGGAAGCAACUACAGGAGGUUCUACAACGCGGUGAACUAAAUGAGCCGUAAAGAGCUCGCUUAUCGCAACGACGCAGCCAUCGCUGCCUAGGGCAUUCAAUAAUGGAUUAAAUGUAUCGUAUACUUAGA